AUGGGCAAUAAUUAUCCACCAGAAUACGAAGCCAUGAACAAUUCAGGAUAUAGAGGUAGUACCGAAAAAACAAAUGAUAAUAUACUUCAACCGGAAGAAGUUGCUCUUCAAAGACAUACCUCAGCUAGAAGACUACUUAUGGAGAACGAACGAACGAAUAUUGCACGUGAUGAUUCCAUGAAAAAGCUAACAAGGGGCGAUGGUGCAAAGAAAUUGCAAACACUUAACAAGUUUGACCCUUCAUUUAAUAAUAGUUCUGAUACUGUAUUAAAACCAAGUACUUUUUUCGAAAAGUUCCAAGCUUGGAUGAUUAAUGAAGGUGCACGAAAAAUAUUCACCUCAAUGUGGAUCAUUAUUCAUGGACUGGUAUUUUCAAUGGCAUUCCUCAAUUUCCUUUUCCAUGAUAAUUUGAAAAACGCAAGAGAUACCUUUGGAAUUACCUUUGUAUUUGCACGUUCUGCAGCUUUAGUCCUCCAUGUAGAUGCGGCCGUAAUUUUAUUUCCUGUGUGCCGCAAUUUAAUUUCAUUUAUCCGUCAGACUCCAAUCAAUAACGUUAUCCCAUUAGAUCAAAAUAUUGAAUUUCAUAAAGCAAUCGGUUGGUCUAUUCUAUUUUUCACAAUUGUCCACACUGUAUCACAUUGGAUCAAUUUUUAUAGAUUGGCCGUAGCAACUAAUGGGGGCAUUGUUAUGUGGCUUAAACUUAAUUUCAUAUCUGGACCAGGGGCAACUGGAUAUGUUAUGCUUAUAAUUUUAAUUAUAAUGGUAGCUACAGCCGCGGAAAAACCUAGGCGUGCUCAUUUCAAUAGAUUCUGGUAUCUUCAUCAUCUCUUCGUUCCGUUCUUUGGUGCUUGGGCUUUUCAUGGAGCCUUCUGUAUGAUUCAACCUGAUAGAGAACCAAAAUGCAAAGAUAUCGCCGCAUUUUGGAAAUAUUGGAUUACAUCCGGUUCAAUUUACAUUGGAGAACGCAUUCUUAGAGAGAUACGUGCUCGCCAUACUACAUAUAUCUCCAAAGUCGUUAUGCAUCCAUCUAAGGUUGUUGAAAUUCAAGUUAAAAAAGAGCAUAUCACGACAAAGGCGGGUCAAUAUAUCUUCUUAUGUUGUCCCGAAAUUUCACUUUGGGAAUGGCAUCCAUUUACAUUAACCUCGGCUCCCGAGGAAGAUUACAUCUCAGUACAUGUUCGUGUCGUUGGUGAUUUUACCGAGGCAUUGGCUAAAAAAUUGGGAUGUGACUAUGAAGAAGAAGACAAAUUAAGAAAAAAGAAUAAAGAUCGUAUCAAGAGUCAAUAUGAUGGAAUUGAUCUUACAAAUAAUCUUGAACUUCAAAAGGUUUUGCCAAGAGUCAUGGUUGAUGGUCCUUUUGGUAGCGCUUCAGAAGAUGUAUUCAAAUUCGAAGUUUCUAUGCUUGUGGGUGCCGGUAUCGGUGUCACUCCAUUUGCUAGCAUUCUCAAGAGUAUCUGGUAUCGUGUUAAUUAUCCAAAGAAAUCCACAAAGCUCCGAAAAGUUUAUUUCUUUUGGAUUUGCCGUGAUUACGAUUCAUUUGAGUGGUUUCAAUCGUUAUUAUCGGCUAUAGAAGAACAAGAUCUUCAACAGUUUAUUGAGAUCCACACUUAUCUAACAGGCCGUUUACGUCAUUCGGAAGUUGGUAAUAUCCUUGUUAAUGAUGACGGAAAUAUUAAAGAUACUGUCACAGGACUUCGUUCACCGACGCAUUAUGGACGUCCAAAUUGGGAUAAAAUCUUUUCAAAUAUGAGAGAUCGUUACCCAGCUUCUGAUGUUGGCGUUUUUUUCUGUGGACCCAAACCUUUGGGUAAACAAUUACACACAAAAUGCAAUUUAUGGAGUCAAGGGUUCGAAGAUGGGACAAGGUUUUAUUAUGGAAAAGAAAACUUUUAA